UUGGUUGCUGGUGAAGCUUCUCGAUUCAUUGGUCUGGAGGUGGAGGGUGAUGAGGCGGGUGAGAUCGGCGAGCGGCGGCGGGAUGGGGCCGCGGAGGUUGUUGGUGGAUAUGUCGAGGCGGUGAAAGGCGGAGAUUUCCGGCGAGAUCUGGACGGAAAAGGCAUUGCCGGAGAGGUAGACGAGCUUGAGGUGCAGCGGGCGAGGGGGGAGAGGGUGUCAUUGAGGUGGUUGUCACGGAGGUCAAGGAGGCGGAGCUGGUCGAGGGAUGCGAAGGCGUCAAUGGGGCAGCGGAGGUUGUGGAAGGGGUGGACGACGGCAGUGACGUGUCGUUGGUGA